AUGUCUGAUAACAACGACGUUGAUUCACUUUUUGAAGAUGACCCAGGAUCGUUAGAAGAAGUUAUAGACGAGGAUGAUGCAGAAGAUUUAAGAUUAGACGAAGCGCAAACAAAAGUUUGGCUUGUAAAAGUUCCAAAAUUCUUAGCAGAAAAAUGGCGAAAAAUUGAUCAAGACAAUGCUACUCUUGGAAGUGUUCGUAUAUACAAUCAAGCACCGCCUGGAAAAAGCAAUAAUAUUGCACUUAUUUUGCCCGAGGACAACAGUACACCAGGCUUGCCCAGAGAGUACAGUAUACAUAUUACACCAGGAGAAGUACGUAAUAAAUUUGUUUUUACAGAAGAUCAGAAUGGAGGCAAAGCUAUUAGCGGCACAGUACACCAUGAAUGUACAGCAACUCCAGCCCAAUUCGGUACAUAUAGAAAUAUUAUGAGAAAACGUGUUUUGGAAGCUGGCACGCCGCAAAGAUCUGUUCAAAUCUUGGGACAAAACAAUCAGCCUGUGUUUGUACCCGGUGCUAGUAGUAGUUUACAAGACACUGGAUUUUCCAAUUUUGUUAAUACCAAAAAACAAAAAACAGAGAAAGAGAAAGCAACUCGUAUGCCGAGGAAUGAGCUUAUGGAUCUUUUAUUUGCGGCAUUUGAUAAGUUUCCAUAUUGGUCAUUUAAAGGUAUCUUAGAACAUACAAAACAGCCUAGCCAAUAUCUGAAAGAAGUCUUGCAAGAGAUUUGCAUUUUGAAUAAGAGAGGUCCUUACGCUGGUAACUACCAACUGAAGCCAGAAUUUAAACAAAGGAUGUCGUUGGCAGAAAAGCAAAAUGCAGGUACCAACAUUGAGGAUGAGGUUUCAGAUGACGACGAAGAUGAAGAGGAGAUAAUGGAAGAAGUGCAGUUGUAA